AUGAAGAAUAUUUGCCCUCUGUUGGUCCUUCAAAGCCUAAUAAAAAAACCCGUAAAUCGCCAUCAUCAAAGAGAUCUACUCCGAUAAACAUUUCAGAAGACGAGGAUGAUAUACGGAAUAUUACAAAAGAAGGAUUGAUUCCAAAAAGUGCGGUAUUUGACAUAGACUCCCUUGCUAUGGCUGCAUCGAUAGUUAAUGUCACUCGGGAUUCUGUCUCAAAAUAUUUUGGCGAUGACGAUUUUUCACAUAUACAAUUGAAGAAAGAUCAUGUGAAUAGGCCAUUAUGGAUAAAUCCAAAGACUGGUCAUAUUAUUCUUGAAGGAUUUUCACCUUUUGCAGAAAAAGCUCAAGAUUUCUUAAUUGCAAUUAGCGAGCCUGUGAGCAGACCAUCUCAUAUUCAUGAAUAUAAGUUGACGCCCUAUUCAUUAUAUGCUGCGGUUUCUGUUGGGUUAGAGACAGAAGCUAUAAUAGAAAUUGAAAUUCCUGAUUCCAUUAUAAAACUUAUCAGGUCAUGUACAUUAUCUUAUGGCAAAGUAAAGCUCGUGCUCAAACACAAUCGAUACUUUGUCGAAUCAUCACAUCCUGAUGUAUUACAAAUAUUAUUACAAGAUAAAGAUAUUGCAGAAGCUCGUGUUGUGAAUGCUGAAGAGUUCGAUAAUGAAAAGUUUCUAAAAAAUAAGGCACCAACAAGCAAAGAUUUGGUAAUUCCUGGUAAAAAAGUUCACGAAAAAACUGAUGAAACAAAUAUAAAUGAGAAAGAAAAAUUACUUACCACAGAGGAGGAUAGUUUAUUUAAUGCUGUGGUUGUGAAAAAACGUUGCAUUGCUCUUGAUUACCCUAUGUUGGAGGAAUAUGAUUUCCGCAACGAUUCAACACUUGCACAACUUGAUAUCGACCUCAAACCAAUAACGGUAAUUCGUCCUUAUCAAGAAAAAUGUUUAAACAAGAUGUUUGGUAAUGGACGUGCAAGAUCUGGAAUUAUAGUGUUGCCUUGUGGUGCUGGUAAAACACUUGUGGGCAUAACAGCUGCUUGCACUAUCAAGAAAAGUUGUCUUGUACUUGUAUCUGUAAUGCAAUGGAAGCAACAAUUUAUGACAUGGUCAACCAUUAAAGAAAGUCAAAUUGCUGUUUUUACAUCGGAUCAGAAAGAGAAGGCAAGAUUAAUAUCACCUUUUACUUUUAUAUCCACAUACAGUAUGGUCGCUAAUACUAGAACCAGAUCUUAUGAAGCUUCAAAGAUGAUGGAGUUCAUAACAGGAAGGGAGUGGGGAUUUGUACUCUUAGAUGAGGUGCAUGUAGUACCUGCUAAUAUGUUUAGAAGAGUGGUUACAACAAUUGCAGCUCAUACGAAGCUUGGUCUCACGGCGACUUUGGUUCGUGAAGAUGACAAAAUUGGUGAUUUAAACUUUUUGAUUGGACCAAAAUUAUAUGAAGCUAAUUGGAUGGAUUUAGCUUCAAAAGGACACAUCGCCAAUGUUCAGUGUGCUGAAGUCUGGUGUCCAAUGACUCCAGAAUUUUAUGCAGAAUAUCUUAAAGCUACUUCUAGAAAACGAAUGUUAUUGUACGCCAUGAAUCCAAAUAAAUUUCAUGCGUGUCAGUAUUUGAUUCGCUUUCAUGAAGACCGUGGAGAUAAGAUUAUUGUUUUUUCGGAUAAUGUAUAUGCUCUGGAGAAAUAUGCAAAACAAUUGAAAGUUCCUUUUAUUCAUGGUAAAACAAAGCCACCGGAACGUUUGGCUAUUCUUCAAAUGUUUCAACAUAACCCCAAGGUGAACACGAUCUUUUUAUCAAAGGUUGGUGAUACAUCCAUUGAUUUACCGGAAGCUACGUGUCUUAUACAAAUAUCUUCUCAUUAUGGUUCUAGACGUCAAGAGGCGCAACGCUUAGGCCGUAUUCUUCGUGCUAAACGUCGUAAUGAUGAAGGAUUUAAUGCCUUCUUUUAUUCUCUUGUAUCAACUGAUACGCAAGAAAUGUUCUAUUCAACUAAGAGACAACAAUUUUUAAUUGAUCAAGGAUAUGCAUUUAAAGUAAUUACAAAACUUGAAGGGAUGGAUACAGCUACAGGUUUAGUUUAUAGAGAUCAUCAAGAUCAAUUAUCAUUAUUGACAGAAGUUUUAUUAGCGAAUGAUCAUGAUGCAGAUUUAGAUAAUGAUAUUGAGAUAAAUGUUGAUGAUUUACCCGGUACUGUCACUAGUAGAAAUUUCACAUCACAACAAAAAGGAUAUGGAGUUAAAAGAUCUGUUAGUAGUAUGAAAAGUUUAUCAGGAGCUGAUAAUAUGGCGUACAUGGAAUUUUCUGGUAGAUCUCAUUCAAAAGCAAUAAUGCCGAAAAAAGAUAAAAAAACCCAAGCGAAAGAUCAUCAUCCUUUAUUCAAGAAACAAUGGUUGAGAUAA